UUCUCCCAGCGCCGGCCACACAGCGAACAGUGUAUCCCAGCGUUGCUCCUCCGUCGCUCUGAAUUAUUAUGGACAACCAAGAUGUUUCGAUGAAGGAGUCCAAAAGAAGAGAGCGCCAGUCCGCUGUGAGGAUGGAGAGAAAGAAGAGAGGAAGAGAAGAAUCAGGACAGAAAGGGGAAGGCAACAGGUCCGGGCCGUUACAGUUCCCACGAUGUUGAAGCUCUGGAGAACUCGGACUCGGGCAUCGGCCUGUGCGGCUGGCUGCUGGUUGGACUCUCCCUCAUGCUGAUGCUGGUCACUCUCCCCAUCUCCAUAUGGAUGUGCAUUAAGAUAGUGAAGGAGUACGAGCGAGCCAUUAUCUUCCGCCUUGGGCGCAUCCUGAAAGGAGGAGCCAAGGGACCGGGGCUGUUCUUCAUCUUACCCUGCACUGACAACUUCAUCAACGUCGACAUGCGAACCAUCACCUUCGACAUCCCGCCGCAAGAGGUUCUGACCAAAGACUCGGUGACGGUGAGCGUUGACGGCGUGGUGUACUACCGGGUCCAGAACGCCACCCUGGCUGUGGCCAACAUCACCAACGCGGACGCCGCCACCCGGCUGCUGGCCCAGACCACCCUGAGGAACGUCCUGGGCACCAAGAACCUGGCGGAGAUCCUGUCGGACCGCGAGGAGAUCGCUCACAGCAUGCAGUCGACUCUGGACGACGCCACAGACGACUGGGGGAUCAAGGUGGAGCGCGUGGAGAUCAAGGACGUGAAGCUGCCUCUGCAGCUCCAGAGAGCCAUGGCGGCCGAGGCGGAGGCGAGCCGCGAGGCCAGAGCCAAGGUGAUCGCAGCGGAGGGUGAGAUGAACGCGUCGCGGGCCCUGAAGGAGGCGUCCCUGGUGAUCUCUGAGGCCCCGUCGGCUCUGCAGCUGCGCUACCUGCAGACUCUCAACACCAUCGCAGCUGAGAAGAACUCCACCAUCAUCUUCCCGCUGCCGCUGGACAUGAUGCAGAGCCUGAUGAAUCGCUGAGGAAGAACGCCGCCCACACACACACACACACACACACACUCCUAGUCUGUCCUUACAUUGUGACACAACUGAUUCUUCAGAUUCGCUGUCGGAUUUCUCCUGCCAACAUCUACAGAGACUCUCUGAAGAAUCUGAAUUAAUGCGAGUUACAGCAACAUUUAAUUUCCCUUUCGGAUCAAUAAAGUAUCUUUGAAUUUGAAUUUCCAACGCCGCCAUGGCAGCGUUUCACCACGCGAGUCACACAACCAUUAAAUCCAGUGUUUUAACUUUAAAAGGUCAAAACCAGAGUUCCCAGUAGAGAAAGUUAACUGGUGUUCAAAAGCAAACUGGUGACUCUUUGAUUCAUCGCUUUCAGUGCCUUGCAAAACUAUUCACUCCUCCUCAUCCUCAUUUGUUCCUCACAUCCUCAAACCUCAGCGUUUUAUUAGGAUUUCAUUAAACACACUGUAAAAACACAAAAUAUUACCAAGUAUUUUUGGUUUAGUUUUUACAGUAAAUAUCUUCACACACUUGAAAUAAAACAAGAUUUAUUUCCAUGUUAUAAGUGAAAUAAUCUACCAGUGGAAGUUUUUAAUCAGUAUUGAGGAAUUAUUGACUUAGAAGAAGCUCACAUAUCUGACCAACUUCUAAGUUGGUUUUGUCGUAUUUCAAGUGUACUUGAAAUAGAAACUACAAUACUUGAUCUGAUUUUGAGUUUUUGCAGUGUAAGAUGGUGUUUAAUGACGUAGCGGAAGACAACUGGAAGAUCUGAAAGGUGUGGCAUGCAUCUGUCCUCACCCUCUUCCAGGGUUGUUCAGCUUCAUGCAUUAACUCUGACCAGGUGUAGAAAAUGACCCCACAGCAUGAUGCUGCCACCGCCGUCUGUUUACAGAUUACUUAAGAAGUUAACUGACCGCUGAAAAACUACCAGAUUUGGGAAAUGGAUUCAAUGUAGGGGAGAAUACAGAUGAAUGCCACACUUUUCAGAUUCCCCCCCCUUGCUGUGUAAAAGUUUAAGUGUAAAUAAACAACAUGGAGGACAGGCAGCAGCUCUCCAUGUUGAACUUUAUAUUCCGUAAAUUAUUAUUAUCCAUUCAUAAGAUGAAACGUUUCCAGUCUUCAGGCUGUAUUCGGACGCUUGUACAUAGAUACUAAAAGCUUUCUAUCAACCCAGAGUACCUGAAGUAUUUAUACCCACUGAUAGACUAGAGACUCCAUUGAAACCCAGAAUAUAGCAGCUCAUAUGUCAGUGGUGCCUUUCAUUUGAUCUAAUCUUCAGUUUCUUACUUUUUACUAAAUCAGGGGCUACAAACAUUUCAGCCAGAAGCCUUAACUCACUGCCAACCUCUCACCUGUUUUUAUUCUCCUCCUGUCUGCUGGGGAGAAUUUAUUUACAUUUUUAACAAACCAAACACGUGUUUAGCUUUUAUAUUAACCUGCGACGUAUAACAUGCAUCCCCGUUUGCUCGACUGUUGGUAGUUUAUGCAUCCCGUAGGUUUAGCUGUUAUUUAAUACACAGAUCAGCCAUUACAUUAUGACCGCCAUUUUUCACAGAACACCACCAGGAUGCUUCAGUGGAUUGAUAAAACAUCCAUCUGAACUGAAACGGUUUUCCUUUCAUUUGGUGUGACUCCUGUGGAGAGUUAGGCCACGCCCACCAAAUGUUGGUGGAUUUCCCAGAAAAACAAUGGCGUUUGACCGCAUCGGAUUAUUGGACAACUGAGACGGAUUGUUCUUACCAAUUUUGGUGUAAUUGAGUCUAUGUGAUAGUUAAAGCGUGUCAGAAUGUUGGGCAAGAAGGCCAGCUUUGAGGCUUAGUGCUGCCUCUCUGGCGCUCACAAAAACCCAAACUUUUGAUAACUUUAAUCCCCAAAACCUUCAGGACAAGUUGACCAAGUAGAAAGCCAAAUCUCUAGGAGGAGUUUGUUAAAGUUCAACAUGUAUGGAAAGUCAGAAAUGACCUUUUGAUCCAAAAUGGCCGACUUCCUGUUUGGUUUAGGGCGGUUCUACCUAUAAACCAAGUCUCAUCUCUCUUUGGCACAGGUGUGAAACUCCAGUCAUCAAGGGCUGCUGUCCUGCAGUAUUUAGAUGUGCCACAGGUACAAAACACUGGAAUGAAAUGGUUUAAUUACCUCCUCCUAGUGUAGAUCAGUUCUCCAGAGCCUCAAUGACCUAAUUAUUCUAUUCAUGUGUGCUGCAGCAAAGGCACAUCUAAAAGUUACAGGACAGUGGCCCUUGAGGACUGGAGUUUGACACCCCUGCUCUACGGUUUACCAGUUGGCCAAUCUAAGGUUAGGGGGCGCUGUAGAGUCAUUUGGCCACGCCCAUUUAAAUUCCAUUAAAGUACUACAAUUUCAAUCGGCGACAAAUUUGGGUGAAAUAUAAGAUUUCUUAAAUAUUUAGGGCUCUAAAUGAGCUCUUCUUUUGUGUCGAGAAUUGUAAUAAGAAAAAUCUGAACUGCAACAGGCCUUCACAUCACUUUAGAAAAUUUGAGUCUGGAGUUUUUUCACUGUCAACUGUCAGUGGUCAUAAUGUUCUGCCUGAUCAGUGUGUGCUGUUGUAACACUGUGGAAAGUGUCUGUUACAUUUUACUGUUGCGUGUUACUGUUGUCAACUGGAAUGAUUGUUUCUUUUUUAUUGAGUCAAGAAGUAAAGUUCAACCUGGGUUCUUCUGCCCCCUGCUGGUCAACCCCGCACUGUUCUCUGUGAUAGUUGAUUGUCAGUUUAUAUUUUUAGGCUUGUGUAUCAGUUUUUACAUGUUUACUGUUUUAAAAAAGACGUACAUUUUAAAGACUGUGCCAAAAAGCCUUUACACAAUACCAGAUUUGAUUUUGUGUUCCAGGUUUAUGCUUGCAUUUUAUUUUUUCACCUUCAUGUUUGCUAUGAUUUUAAAUAUAAAACAUAUAUAUCUCUAUAUUAAAUAAAGAUGUGAUCAACAAA